AUGGAUUUGAAUGAAGAAAACAUAGUCCAAAUAUUGGGGGAGUUCUUGGCUUCAGAUGGUCUUCAAUACUAUACUUAGCUCUAAGAAAUAUUCUCGUGUUUAUCGGAUGAAGAUUGUGAUCAUUUAUUUUUUGAUUUCAUUCUGGGAUUUCUAAAGAGUGAACCACCUUACAAAUCAUUACAAUUGGUACAUGCCUUCUUAACAGCAAUUUCCUCACCUCAAACCUACAUUUGUGAAUUGAUUGAACAAUAACAUUAUGAAAUUUUGGCACUUCACUUGUAAAUCAAUAAAUUCAAUGACAUUCAAAUCAAAUAGAUUGUCUAUGAUAAACUUAAAGAACAAUCGACUGAUUAUAAACUAAUAUUUUUGCUUCAAAGGUUGUAUUUUCUUCUUGAUCCAAACAAACAAGAUAGCGCAGAAUAAAUAUUUGCUAAUAAUUUAAAAAUUAUCCCUUAAAUCUUCUCAACCAUUCAGGAAGAUACCUUGGUUCAGUAUCUCAAAGUUCAAUCUCUUUUGGUUCCCUUUUGUAAGGAGGUUUAGCAAUAGAAGUUAAUGAAAUUGUUGAUGCUCAUAAAGCAAUAGAACAAUGGAGUUGGAAUUUAAUUGCAAUGGGCAAUAUAUGAAGUAUAUGAAUAGAUGGGAUGCGAUAUAGAUCCCCCUGAAUUGGAAGAAGUUGAAAAUAACCAAGCCAAGAUCUCAUUUAGAUUGUACUAUGUGAAGUAGAAGUUCAUGUAAAACGUUAAGCAAAUAUCUACUUUAAUAAGAAGUGUUGAAGAUGAACAAAAAGACAAUUUUAAACUGUAUACUCAGUGGCAAUUAUAAAUAUGA